AGUACGCUGGUGUGCGUGCGUGCGUGCGUGCGUGCGUGCUGUUGGUAUGCAAGCAUGUUUUGACAGUGUUCGGUCAGUUCCUUUACAUUCUCUUUUUUUUUGUUGAGAUAUAUUUUAAGGAUUCGGGCGUUUUCUUUAAUUAAAGUUGGAGCACCGCGAUGUAUCAGGUUGUACCAGGGCAGUUUGAUGGCGCGGACGAGACGGGGAGAGCGCUGCUUUGUAAAGGACAAAUCAGACCGAGCUACUGUUGAACAGGUUUUGGACCCCCGUACAUGUAUGAUUCUGUUUAAAAUGCUCAGCAGAGGCAUCUUUUCAGAGAUCAACGGCUGUAUCAGCACAGGCAAAGAGGCAAAUGUCUACCAUGCAACUACUGCAAAAGGAGAAAGCAGAGCCAUCAAAAUAUACAAAACAUCAAUUCUACUUUUCAAAGACAGAGAUAAAUAUGUCAGCGGGGAAUUCAGGUUCCGCCAUGGCUAUUGCAAGGGCAAUCCUAGGAAAAUGGUGCGCACUUGGGCUGAGAAGGAAAUGAGAAACUUGAUCAGGUUAACCGCACAGAUUCCAAGUCCUGAGCCCAUCAUGUUGCGGAGUCAUGUUCUCGUCAUGAGCUUUAUUGGUCGAGAUGACAUUGAUCUUGUUGGUGUAUUCCUCCGGCCUGCCCCUCUGCUGUAAAACGCUGUCCUUUCUGAAUCCAGAGCGCGGGAACUCUACCUGCAGAUCAUCCAGAACAUGAGAAUAAUGUACAAUGAAGCUCGUCUGGUCCACGCUGACCUUAGCGAGUUCAAUAUGCUGUAUCAUAAUGGAGAUGCUUAUAUUAUUGACGUCUCUCAGUCCGUUGAGCACGAUCAUCCUCAUGCUUUAGAGUUUCUUCACAAGGAUUGCAGCAAUGUCAAUGACUUUUUCCAGAAACAUAAUGUGGCAGUUAUGACUGUGCGUGAGCUGUUUGAGUUUAUCACUGACCCCUCAAUCACAAGUGACAACAUUAAUCAGUAUUUGGACAAGGCGAUGGAGAUAGCAUCUGAAAGAACUGCAGAGGAAAGAUCCAAUCAGGACGGAGUUGAUGAGGAGGUGUUUAAGAAAGCCUACAUUCCACGCACACUUACUGAAGUCACCCAUUAUGAGAGGGAUGUGGACGCAAUGUUGAAGAAAAAGGAGGAGGCUUCUUCUGAAGAUACAAACACAGACAAUAUCCUCUACCAGACAGUACCAGGCCUCAGGAAGGAUCUUUCUGGUGUGCAAACUGUACCCUCGAUACUGGAAGACUCCACAAAGGAUGAUAGUUCAAGCUCUGAAGGAGAGGAGGAGGAGGAAGUCGAUGAUAAGUCAGAAGGGGAAGACACAGGAGAGGGUGGCAGCCACACUGAGGAAGCACAACUGGACAGAAAAGAAAGAAAGAAAAUGGUUAAAGAAGCUCAGAGGGAGAAAAGAAAAAAUAAAGUGCCAAAGUAUGUGAAAAAGCGCAAGGAGAAAGUUGCCAAAAUGAAGAAAGGAAGAUGAAUAUGGUUGAGAUGAAGGUGAACUGAGAUUAUAGCAGAAAUGCUACUUGACUGAUGGUACCAGUAUUUAAGCUGGGAACUAUUGCUGAUGAAAUCAGUCCCUUAACAAUUAGAAACGCCUGAUAUCAGCAUCAUAUUUUUAAAAUGUUUAUUAAAAGUAUUCUUUUUAAUAAACGUAUACUUUCUUUGAUAUACUGCUUGAAUGGUGGGUAAAAUAUGUUUUAAUGCAGACUGACAAUUCAAAUAAAUUUUUGUUAUAGUGGAACAUUUAAUUUACAUUGUGCAGAACAGUUUACACAAAUGUUCAUGUUUUACAAGGCAACAUGCUGUUAAAAAUAAUGCACUCUUUCAUAUUUAAGUGACAAAAUCCUCUUUACAAUCCUCUAUACAUCUUGUACAUUUAACAUUUAUUUCAAAGUAAAUGUCAUAUUGGUACAAAACUGUUUAUUACAUGACAUACACUACCUUUCAAAAGUUUGGGUCGUA